AACAAACAAACAGUCUGCAGCAAUCUGCCCAUGGGCCAUAACAAAGCCUGGUGAUUUUCUGGUGCCUCCUUCUGGCCCGGGACUGUCAGUGCCCUGCUGCUAAUUGAAGGGUUCAGAAGCCAAAGACGCUAUAUUUAGUGGUGGACCCAAAUGCCUCCACAGUUCGCCAGUGGGAGGGAUCCAGCUCAGCCUGCGGGUUAACCCUUUGUCAGCAAGACACAGGGAGAGCGUGAGCCCGGGUGGCUGCUCUUUAGAAUUUCACAGAAGAGUCCCAAAUACAUUCAAUUAUUUUCCCCCAAAGAAAAUUAAGGACCAAGCCUGAAUUAAAUCAUCUCCCAUCUCUGGACAAUACCUUUCCCCAACACUCCCCCUCCCUGGCCCGCUUCCUCCAGUGCACAGCACAUCACCCUCGUUCAUUCCAUCUUCCCAGAGUAGGUGGCAAGACCCAGUAUCUGUGAAGAGCCCUGCACACAUCUGGAGCUCUCCCUUAUCAUCCUUGGUAUCCACACACUCCAGACACCAGAUUAGAUAUAAAGCUGUUGAGCGUGGGGCGCCUGCCAGACAGAUCCAGAGCCAGUCAGCAUGAUCCUGACAAGCAUAGGUCAUUCCCAGCAAUCUGGUUUGCAAGCAGCUCUGCUGAUCUCCCAGCUGCUCCUUCUGGUUACAAAUGGGUUUCGCUUUACAACAAUUUCAAGGGGUUUCACCACUGACACUUGCAUGCCCUGCAGAUCUAGAGUGAGAUGCCUCCAUCAUGCCACUGUCUGGGAGUACAAGGGACCGCCCUGGGGGCUCAAGGGUUAAAUGCUCUCCCGCCCCUGGAACAUGGCCUCUUUCCAGCCAAUGAUGGCCACAAGUGGGCUCCUACACUGGGCUAAGACCUGACAGCCAGCCAGCAACACCAGGUAAAGCAGAAGGGAGCUGGGCAGUUCUACGGAGCACAGGAUUGGAGGAGAGCGCCGCAGAAAGACAGCCAGCCACUCUGGGCGUCAGAUCGUUUAGGCUCCCCCAAAGCAGAUGCCCACGGACCCAAUGAAAUUUGCUAUGUGGCUCAUGCUGGUGACCUUGUUGUCACAGUCUGCCCAUGAGGCUCAAUGCAGCAGGCGAGGGAGACGCAGCCUUCUGGAGCUGGGUCUCACUCUGUGGUGUUACCGGCAGAGACUGCAGACCCCGCUGUUCGCUCUCAACCUGUACGGGUGCUACUGUGGAACUGGGGGCUCCGGGACACCCCUAGAUGCAGUGGACCAGUGUUGCUUCCUCCAUGACUGCUGCUACCGCCACGCCAGGGUCUCCUUAGAGUGCCGGGGGAGAGUGAAGUGGCAGCCCUAUGAGUUUGCGUGUAGCCAGUCGGGGACAGAGUGCCGCUCUCAGAGCGUCUGCGGCAGGAUGGCCUGUGAGUGCGACAGGCAGUUUGCAGAGUGUCUCACGGCAGCAAAGCCCAGGAAGAGGCAUUUCUUCUACAACAGGCGAGAGCUAUGUGCUGGUCCCAAAGGCUCCUGCCCGGUCACGUUCCCCAACAAGGCCGAAAUCCUGCACCGGAGAAAGACGCCUUCCCCACUUCUCCGAGCAAGGGCUCUGCGCUAG